CCCUGUCGGCAGCGGCAGAGGGUUGUCACCCUUUUCCCCUUCCCUCUUUUCUUUCCCCCCCUUGUCCUCCCUUCACAGGUCGCGAGGCGAGAAUAGCGGCGGAGCAGCACGAGACGCCGAGAGGGAGCGCGAGGGAGAAGAAGAGAGAGCUCGCUCGCUCGCGCGGGGGGAGAGGGAGGCAGCGCGCGAACGAGCGCGAGAGGCCGGACGAAGGGAGGAGGAGGGGGGCCGCCGUCGCCGCGCGUGCGCCCCCUGAGAGAAAGGAGGAGGAGGAGCGGGUAGGAGCAGGUGACGCGAGCGAGCGGGAGGCGGAGAGGGGAGCGCGCGAGCCCCUCCGCUGGUGAGGGGCGGCGGGGGGAGGGGGGGAAGGAGAACGCGCGCGAGUGACGGGUGCGUUGUGGGGGGGGGGCGGGGGAGGAGAAGGCCUCGCGCGGGAGGGGGAGGGAGCAGGAGGGCGCCUUGGGUGGGCGGGGCCGGGGCACCUGAAGGGAGGGCAGGAGCCCCCAAAAGGGCAGAUGGGGUUGUAAUUGGAGAGAGGGGUUUGGGGAGGGGGCAGUUUGUGUGGGGAGGCACGAGGCACUAUGGGUGUUUUGGGGGGGGGAGAGAGGCCUUUUUGAGAAGGGGGUCCUGGGAGGAAGGCCUCUCCUCCUCUCCCUCCUCCAGCUGACCAGGCUGGGCGCCCAGGGGGUAUUGGCAGGGGGUGGGGGUGUCUGACUGAGGGUCUGAAGUUUUCUCCUCCGCCCCCGCUGGAGGCAUGCAUUUAGGAAGCGAAACGAGCCUCCACAAAACAACGGGAGGAGGCGUGGUGUGGAAAGAAGGGCCCUUUGGGUGGCAUCCGAUGCUACAGAAUAGAAGAGGAAUAGAAAAUUCCUAUAGGGAAAGGGGCAUUUUGAGGGGCAGGAGAACAUCUGACGAGGGAUGGUUUUUUUGGGGGGGGUGAGAGAAUCAAAUUGUUUUGAGGGGUUCCGUUAGCAGCAAGGCAGAGUGAAACGGUCCAUGGAGGGUGAGGUUGAAAGGGAAGGAUGAUCUGACAGGGUUUGAAGAGGGGAAGGGGGAGAAGGGAGAUCUCCACCGAUUGGCUGGAUGGUAGAAAUGGGCGAUGUUGCAGAGAUCUCUGUGAGGAAUAGAUUUUCCAUAUCUGCAUGACUCUGUGAAAGAUGAAGAUGGGCAGAGAGAAUGGGAGAACUGAUGGAUGUAGAGAGAGAGAGAGCACUCCCAUUGACAAAUGGGAACAAUUAGCUCAGGAUGGCUUGGAGAGAAGUUGAAAAAGGUCGAGAUAAAUUGUAAAGCUUAGAGGUAAGGACUUUAGAGGAUAGAGGAGGAAUACGAAAGUUAGGAAUAUUGAAAUGAGCGCUUACUCAAAAUGGCGGGACAACAGGUAAACCUUGCAAUGUUUUAACUGCAAAGGAAAUUAGAGGUGAAGACUGUGAGGCACAGAGAACAUCUCAGAAUGACAAAAACUUAGACAGGGAAAAUAAUUCUUAGGGCAAGCCUUUUUAUGAGGAAAUCUGUUGAUGGGGAGGAGCCAAAUAUGCAGAGGAAGAUGAUUAUUGAUAUAGUUGAAGAAUAGGGGGGAAAACUUUGAGGGUAGACCCCAGCAGGACAGGAGGCUGUGGAUUUCGUAAUCCCACUUUGAGAAUUUAAUUUACAGUAUGCAAUCUUCCUAUAGCUGGAGGCAUCUGAAUUCAGAUUGCUUCAUCUUGCUUUAUUUUAGUUUUCGGGUAAUGCAAUGUUGCAUAAUUUUGGUUAAUUUUUAAUUUGUGAACAUAAGUAACUUUUCCUCUUAAGUAAGGAAGAAUACAUGUCACCAGGGGAUAGAAUUGGGAGUCCUGAUUCCCAGCAUUCCCUAUUCUAACAUGCCAUCUGUCUUCCAAGGAAGUCUUUUUAUUCUACUGCCUGAGAAUGUUUCAUUAUGCAAAUUCGUAUCCAUCAUUUGCUUGUUUUUUUACAUUCACUUUUUGUACUUUCUUCCUAGUUUCCCAAGUGUUUUGUUUCACAUUAUGGACUGAACCAACUCCAACCAGGCUUUAUUGCGAAGGAAGAAAAAACACACAGCUGUAAUAGCUUGACCACAGACGAGAUAAUCCACAACAGGUACAAUUUUAUUCCUGCCUUUUACUUUCAUGCAUUCCCUUUGUGCUGAACUUAUUUGGAGAUCUAUAUUUCUGUUCUUAUGCAAUGAGCACGUUGCAAGGUUAAAAUUGCUGGGCUUCUCAAAUUUGCAUUAUACUUGGAGAGGGCAUGUGGUUCUGGUAAUUAUAUUCUUCAUAUUCGAUAGGAGGUUGAAUAUGAAUAAGGGCAGGAUAAUGUAUUAAAUUAACAUUUUUCAAAUAUGUAAAAGGGGCAAAAAUAAAUUUGAGGUCAGACCAAGAGAUUUAUCAAGGUGAUGCUUUUCAGGCAUCAACCUCAGUUAUUUCAGUUAUGGCGCAUUCAGGGGGUAUAUUAUUAAAGGAGGCAUAUGUGUGAAAAUAAUUUGCACAGGGUAAUUAUUAUAAUUUUGUCCCCUUGCUCCUAUUUUAGCAAAGCUGUUUGCCACCAGUGUGGCAAUUCUAAACUAGGACUGGGUUUGCUCUGUGCUUUAAAAAAAAAUUCUGCUCCAAGAAAAGCUAAACUCUGGUCCCUCUAUAAAUUAUUUGUCAGAUUAUUGUAAAUAGUGGCCAUUACACCGCUACAAAUUUGGUCCAGUUGCACAAGUUACAUCAUUUCUCUUAUUUUGCAUAAUUUAUUCUACUAUUCAUAUUUUAGGCAUGGGAGGAGCAAGGCUAAAAAUGUCUCAUUUUAGUAAUUCAAAAUCUUAUUCAGACAACUCACUAAGAUUGGAGCAGGGACUGCCUGCAUGCUAUCAAGCAUUUCUUCAUACUUGUGUAUUUUUGCUAUUGCUUUAGAAGAAUUUAUAAACUACUUAAUCAAAGAAUCCCUAAGCAGUGUAAUGAAAUAAUUUAAAACUGUUAUCUGUAUCAAGUUGAAAAUUUAAAAACAAAAUUUAAAAGCAAAAUGUUAAAACAGGUAUAUGUAACUUGUUAACAUGUCCAAGUAAAAUUGCUAACACACAAAUAUUUUUAGGAGGUAUCUAAAACAGCUCAACAAGGAUGCUUUAUAAUCACAAGGAACAGAAGCUUGCUUUUUAAAAAAAUCUGCACUAUAUACCACAGCUUUUGUUCCAUGCGAUCUUGCAGAACUGUAGCAGGUUCACAGUCCCUGCAAUAAAGCUCUGCAAAUCAAAUCCAGGAAGCCCAAUCUGAGUAUGUAUGUAAUUCAUCUCACUUUAAAAGUGGCCAAUUUAAUAAAAGUUUUAUAAACAACAACAACAACAAUUUAUUAUUUAUACCCCGCCCAUCUGGCUGGGUUUCCCCAGCCACUCUGGGUGGCUUCCAACCAAAUAUUAAAAACAGUACAGCAUCAAACAUUAAAAACUUCCCUAAACAGGGCUGCCUUCAGUUGUCUUUUAAAAGUAAAAUAGUUGCGUUCCACAGGGCAGGCACCACUACCAAGAAGGCCAUCUGCCUGGUUCCCUGUAACCUCACUUCUUGCAGCGAGGGAACUGCAAGAAGGCCCUUGGCGCUGGACCUCAGUGUCUGGGCUGGACGAUGGGGGUGGAGAUGCUCCUUCAGGUAUACAUGACUGAGGCCAUUUAGGGCUUUAAAGGUCAGCACCAACACUUUGAAUUGUGCUCGGAAGUGUUGUACGGAAGCGUAAAAUGGACAGCCAAAUACCUUUGUGCAAGUCACUGAGCUUGUGCAAUACAGUAAUAGCCCUGGCGAUAGUAAAUGGAUUAUGGAGAAGAGGUACAGUUGUUCAGGCAGUUUAAUAUUAAACCCUCUUCUAGUUCUGGGAUAUACAGGCGCAUCUGCUGGUGGUGACUAUUCUGGGUUCAAAGGUGUCUACUUCAGAAAUGGCCAGGAGUGGGCUCCUUUGUUAUUGUUAACUCUUUCUCAUAUUAGUAAUCAUAUUAUUUAAUGCACUGGUUCCAUUUCUACUGCUCUAGGGUAAAUGAGUCAGAAUGGAUCAGGAAGGUGGGGGUGACUUCCAGAAAACCCCUAACUUCCAGUGGAGAAACUACAAGCUCAUCGUUGACCCAGUGCUCAAGCGGGCCCCGCACAAGGUCUACCGCUAUGAUGGAGUACAUUUCAGCACUAAUGUAAGUGGACAGAUUCUUAUUUGGAUGGAGUUGGGGAGGAUUUGUUUGAGCUGUGCUGAGAAAGUGAGGGUGGUUCUACCUUUCCUGCUGUGUAAUAUCCAUUGGUCGUUCCAAGUACCCACUUUUUUCAUUUGUGUUCUCAAGUUUUAAAACUCUCUGCUUCUCCUGCUCUGUCAGUGUACUGUGUUCGGGGUGGGUGCAUUAUUAAUUUUUUGGUGUUCUGUUGAUUCUGGGUGGACAGCAGAAUCCAAGGCACUGUUGCUCAGAUUGUGUGAUGGGUCAGUUCUAUGCCACACAGUCCCUAGAUUACUUGUUUUGUGCACCUCCUCCUCCUGGUUGUCACAGGGUCCCUAACCCCAGCUUCCGUACAAAUUUCUGUGUCCUUGUGCAUUGGGGCUCUAGAGACUGGAUAUUUGAAUGCAGCGAUCUGAAUGCUUUGCAGAUCUCUGAGCAGGGCUGAUGCCUAAAAUUUUGAUGUUGGCUUCUGAAGAAUUGAAGCUGCCUUUUAGGAGUUCUAAAUAAGUUCAUUUCCAUUUUUGGCAUUGGUUGUUUUUUAACAUGGAACGUACAGAGUGCUGUCAGGAAACAUGGCAGGUGGGUUUUGUGUGCUGAUGGCUACUGAGAGAACAGUGGUGUGAGAGGUGAACAGGGAAAGGAAAUAUGCCUGUGGCUCAUGGGGCACCUACUGAGGGAUUUUUGAAGGUGUAGCAGCCUCCCCAAAGGGUGGGAAUGAGGAGGGGUGCUUUGACUGUAGAGGAGGCCAGGUGUACCUGGGUUUAUGAACUCCUUUGGCUCUUGUUUCACCUCACAGCAAGUCAGUCACCACUUUUUCAGUGCCACUGGAAUAACUGGGACUUGAGCAAUUAAGACCCAUUGAAACAAAUAGGAACUUAAGUGGCUUAACUUUCCCUGGGUUGCACCUAUAGAUUCUCUGGCUUUAAAAUGAUUAUAACAGUGCAAAUAAAAAUGUUUAGGUUGGUUUAUGGCUAUUUUAUGAAUGAGUUUCCUUAUUAGCAGUAGCAAUAGAAAAUGAAAAAGGCAUUUGAUUUAGAUCUCUGUCAGACAUUGCUGGCAUAGUGUUAAAGAAGAGAAAGCUUUUGGUGGUCUCCAGGUCAAAUUCUUUGUAUCCUAUAGUGUUAUUGCAAAUUAUGAAUGUCAGUACAGACAACAGACACCUGCCCCAGUUCAAGCAAGACACAAUUGGGCUUAUGUCUGUUGGCUAACAUUUGAUUUGACUUCUGCUGUUUUUAAUAUUAAUAAAAUGUUUCAUUUUAAAAUUGGUUUCUAAAGUCCUUAGUAGUUCUUAUUUUAGAGUUGUCAUUAAACUCUCCAACAAUAUUUGGUUCCAUUUUAAUUUCCUCUUAGAAAUGACGAUGGGCCUUGUAGCAUUGGAACAGUUUGAAGAGCAUAGUCUAUGUCUCUUGGGUUGCCUCCCAUACUUGAAAAAAUUAUUUCUUAAUCGUUAACCCACCUCUGAGGCUACCUUUGGUUGUUUGGUCCAUUACUUGUUGGUUAUAGAAUAAUUUCUACUGCUUAACUUUCAUUGUUUUCCUGUGCACUGUAAAAGCAAGAUCUAUUGAAAUCAAUGGAACUUAUUCCCACAUAGCAUGUGUAGAUUGUACUGUGUUAUGCCCACUUUACAGACAGAGAUUGAGACUGAAACAACCUGUUUCAAAUAUGAUUUCCUCCCAAAACCACUAUAGUACUUGGAAUUUGGAAUAUAAGGACUAAAAUCUCUUUUUAGCCCCCUUUGCUAAUCUGCUGUCUGUUUUGGAAAGCUGUUUGUUUGCUAUGCAUUGGGGUGCCUCUUAAGCUAUUGCAACCAAAUUUUGCGCAGUGGUUUCUGACAUCAAGGAAUAGGUUUUUAUCUAUGUUUGAAUGCCAUUGGAUGCCAUUUUGAAUCAAGAUGGCAAACUGAACCUUUCAGAGCUGCCAUAUUCUGCCUUGGUCAGACCAUACCUGGAGUCCUGGGUCCAGUUCUGGGCACCACAGUUUAAGAAGGAUAUUCACAAACUGGAACAUGUGCAGAAGAGGGCAACCAAGAUGAUUAAGGGUCUGGAGGAACAGUUAAGGGAGUGGGGAAUGUUUAGCCAGGAAAAGAGACUGAGAAGGGAUAUGAUAGCCAUCUUAAAAUAUCUAAAGCAGAGCUUUCCAAACUGUGUGUUAAUGUGUCAUGCAAAUGUACCCUGCGCUCCUGCCUGGACUGGAAAGGGGUUAGUUUAACCUCUGGUUUGCUAGGAAACUGAAUUACCAUGUCGCGAAAUGAUGCAUGUCUAAAACGUGUGUCACCAAUGUGAAAAGUUGGGAAAGCUCUGGUUUAAAGGACUGUCACAUGGAGGAUGGAGCAAGCUUGUUUUCUCCUACUCCGGAGGCUAGGACUCGAACCAAUGGAUUCAAGACAGCAGAUUCUGAAUAAACAUCAGCUGGAACUUUCUAACAGUAAGAGCUGUUCAACAGUGGAACAGACUCCCACAAGAGGUGGUGAACGAUCUCCUUCCUUGGAGGUUUUUAAGCAGAGGUUGCCUUCUGCAGAGGUUGGAUGGUCAUUUAUCAUGUAUGAUCUAGUUAAGAUAUUCCUUCAUUGCAGGGAUUGGACUAGAUGACCCUCAGGACCCUUUCAACUCUAGGAUUCUGUAACUUUGGCCACUGAUUUCACAACUACACUGAUUUUUUUAAUUUUACGAAAUUCCCAAGCAACACCUGGCAUGAGGCUUCCAGCUUUAAAUGUUUGGUGCUAAAAUAGUAAGCCUGCGGUCAUAAAUACACUUGCAGUGAUUCCCAUCUAGCUCUGUGGAACUCAGGCUUUGACAACUGGGCUGUAGGAUGUGUGCCUAUUGUUGUUUACAUGUACCUCAAGCUCUAAUAAAAUAUUGUUAUUCUAGUCCUUCCGUUAAUAUAGGAGACAAAUGUGAAAACAGACGCCUGAUUCACGCAGCCCCCUCUCCUCCUUAAACUUUCUUAGGCUCCUGAUGUCAGUCACAGCUCUGGCAUCAUGUCUCACCAAUGUAAUGAGCACAAAAUCCAAAAGAUUCUACACGCUGAGAGCGUAGCUCCUUCUUGAAAUAUUCUGAUCAUUGCAGCCAAAGGAGUAGCUGUGUCUUCCUCUGUUUACAGUCCCGUUUUUUCCUGCAUAGCAUGGCAACAUUUGAUGUGCUUAGUUUCACUUUUCUUCUAGCCUGAGAGUCUGCUUCCCUUGUAGCUGUUGCUUUGUUUGAAAAUUCCCCUAAGCAACAGAAGAAGCAGCUGUGACAAAGACACAGUUCAAAGCUAUAGAGAGCCUGGGGGCAGGUGGACAGGGGAGAGAAAAAGGUGCUGUGUUUGAAUCUAUGAUGAAUUGAUGAUUUGGGUCAUGUUUGUUCAAAUAAGCAUCAAUGACACUGGGAGUCAGCCUUAAAAUUCCAUAAAAGAAUAACAGUUUGUAGCACUCGGACCCAUAAUUGCCCAGAAUCCCCUCCCCCUUCUGCUCUAAUAAGGUUUAUUGGAAAUAUGCUUAAUGUAACUUGGUGAAAUUUACUUCCAAAUAAGUCACUUUGGGUUGGGGUGGAAGUGAAGCUGAGUAUGAUGGCCAUAGGCACACCUGGACUGACCUCUAUUUCUACUACUAAUUGUGCAUACAGUACUGUUAAUUUGCAGAAUUCCGCCCCCCCCCCCAUGUUUGUCUUUAUCAGGAGGAUAAAGUGAGGGAAGAUCACUAUUCUCAUUGAUAGAUGAGAGGAACUUGUUCAAGUCUAUAAAAUGAAUCCAUACAGAGGUGGGACUUCGGUUCACCUCAAAAUUCUAAAUCUGCUCUACACAGUUUUUUUAUAGCAUUCCUCAAGAGCAGCCACUAGUGUAUCUCACUCACUUGAGCCCAGAUAUAGACAUGUUUAUUGCUUAUAUUCUGGGAGCAGCUUAGAAGGAAAUUUGGCUGAUCACACCAGAGCCACAAGUCCACAUGUAGAGCCUAAAUGAGAAGAAUUAUCAUCUUUUUUCCCCAUUGCAAAUGGCAAAUCACCAUGAAACGCUAUGGAGCAGUCCUUAAUAACUGGAAACAUACACAAAGUCCUAAUGUACAUUAUUGCCUUUUAAAAUACUUUUUCCUAAAUCUUCCCAUGCUUUGCUUGUUUUGUAUUAACGUCUUCUUUUCACCUGGAUUCAGCCUUUUAAUGAACAUUACAGCUAAAGUAUUCAUUUUCGUUUCGUAUCAUAUCUGGGGCUCUUACUUUUUUCUGGUUAAUCCAGAUUAAUUGCUGCUUGAAUGCUUGGAGAACUUUACUGGGGUAUGAUUCUCCAGUGUUCAAGCAGUGCUGCAGAGAAUCAUAGUGUGUGAUCUGCAUCCUGUCCCAGUUGUCUUGCUGCCUUUCCCCUGAGAACCCAGAAACCUUCAACAUAGGCCAAGGCUGGAGAACAUGUGGCCCUCCAGAUGUUGUCAGACACCAGCUGCUGACCACCUGAGCCAGCAUAGUCAGUGACGCUGGGUGGAGUUCCAUUCCAGCAGCACCUGAAGGGCCACAAGUUCCCCAUCCCUCAUCCUAGUCUCCAAUUGUAUUUCAUUUUUGUCAAGUAUUGGGGCAGAACCAGUGUUCGAAACUCCCAUUGUUCUUGGUGCAUUUUGUGACAUGGAAUUUCAUUAGCACGAGCAGUUUCUGAGCUUAGUACUGCGCCUAAGAUUUCAGAUUAAAACUGCAGAGUGGAAGGAAAGGAGGACCUUUUUCUGCCUCCGCACUUCCAGCUACUCUCUAAAGACUGGAGAAGAGACCCUCUUAAUAGUAUUAAGGGGUGGGCAGGGGAAGGACUACACCAUGUGAAAAUUGAAAAAAAGAUUUUAGCUGCAGUUCAUUCAUUUUAAGCUUUGUAUUCUUGUUAUAAAAAAGCAUGCCUAGACAUUCUCUUGUUGCGCCCAUAACCUAGGUUUAAGGUGCCAUUUAGCUCCUAGCUUUCAUAUCUCAGUUUCUAACACUGGGCAGAACCAAGAAGCACUUUUUUAUUCCAAGGUGUUCUGUUUCCUGUAAAGGCUUUUUGCAUUGUUAAUGCCUAACAAAAUCUCUUCUCAAGGAUUCGGGCCACGCUCCUGUGGGUGAUGUGCGGGAUCCCAGACGCAGGAUAUGGUCCAAGAACAGAGACAUUUCCCUCCCUGUCCCAAAGUUUAAGGUAAGCUACACCCCACCUGAUCAUGUAUCCUUCUCCAAGUCUUCCAAAUCCUCAGCACAGCAUUGCUGCCACAUCUUCCUUACCUGGAAGCCUGGUAAAUGUUCAGGAGUGGCCAAGUGUAUAGCUUUAACCCUAAAUAGUUAACCUGGGAUUUGCUUACAUUUCUGGCCAUCUUGAGGAAAAGAUAGCUUGUGGGAAAUCUGGUAAUUGAGUGUGUGAAGUACAAAUAUAUGUCCUGAUCUGCCUUGACCUUGGGGCUAAAAGACAGCAAUUGUGUCUUGGAGAGAAAAGUUAUUGAAUUCAAUCUUAAGAGGAGAAAUGUGAUGGAAGGGAGGUUUGGGAGUGCAGGAGAAGAGGAAUGGCAAAGAAAACUGCUUGUCUUUUCAUUCUUGUACUCAUUGCUGAGUUCUUUGAAUAUGUUGUUGUGAAAUGUCAGUGGAUAAUGAAUCUGUACCUCCACAGGGAAAAGCUGGGUUCAAAAAACAGUUGAAAAUUCUUCAAAGGGGAAAAAGCUCCAGAAUUUGCCUUCGUAAUAAACUGGGUAGAUUAAGAAUAUCUAAAGUUCAUUGACUAUAACAAAUUGUCUGGAUUCAUGCAGAUAUGGCGAUUUUGUCUUGGGAAAUUGCUAUGGUGGUAGUGGUGGGCAGGGAAAUGGUGUGUGUUUGAGGUUAUCUUGUCUUGGGUGGAAUUUGACAAGCAUAAAAUAGGAGGUUCAGGAAUCUUGAAUGCACUGAUGAAGGGUCCACCCAGCAGUUCUGCAAUCUCUGAACCUCUGUUGGCAGCCCAUUUUAAAGCUUUUGCUGACUAUCCAGAGCACUGGAUGAUAUUUCUUAAUUAUUGGGGUGGGGGUAUGCUCUUUGGCAAUUGAUUUAGCCCCCUCGCCCCAUCUCCCCUUUUGUUUCUUCUGCAGCUGGAUGAGUUCUAUGUGGGUCAGAUCCCUCUGAAGGAGGUGACCUUUGCCCGGCUCAAUGACAACAUCAAGGAGCCCUUCCUGGCGGACAUGUGCAAAAAAUAUGGAGACAUUGAGGAGAUUGAGAUCCUCUACAAUCCGAAGAACCGCAAGCACCUGGGCCUGGCCAAGGUGCUCUUCACCAGCACAAGGGGAGCCAAGGAAACAGUCAAGAACCUGCACAACACUUCUGUCAUGGGCAACAUCAUCCAUGCUCAGCUCGACAUCAAAGGUGCUUGUCCUUCUCCGGCCAUACUCUCGGUUCAGUCUUGCCGCCUCUGAUUCAGAGUAGUUCCCCUUUCCAAUAAAUGGCUUUUCUCUCCACAGGUCAGCAGCGAAUGAAGUAUUACGAACUGAUUGUGAAUGGCUCCUAUACACCCCAGACUGUCCCCACCGGAGGCAAAACACUCAAUGAGAAGUUCCCAGCGGACUCGGUGAGUUUGCUAAAGUCUCACAUUUGAAUUGUCCAGGUUUAGGGCCACUUUUCCACAGGAAGCCUCACCGAAGGAUUUUCUUCUGUGUCCAGGAUAUGAUCCUCAUUCCUGAUAAAAAAAAUAGCCAUCCUUUGAUUCUCUUCCCCUCCCAUCACUACUCCUCUGUCUUCCCUCUCUGCACUGCCUGUCCGCAAGGUUUCUGCCACCUGCUGGUUGUCUAUACCUAUAGGAAAACAAUGCUCAAGUCCUGCUCCUUUGCUAAAUGAUUGGUAUUUUCCCUCGGAUGGGGCUGCAUCCAAGUCAGCUAGGAAUUAGCUACAUGGCUGGUUCCCAUAUUUCAGUCUAGGUGGGACUGCAUGGUGAAUAAUCUGCUCUCAAUCCUUCCCUUUUGUAGUCAGAGUCCCGAAGGCGCCACUCAACAGACUCCUCGUACGCUAGUAACACAAUGCCUUCAACGCCUGGCAAUGGCACACCUUCCUCUCAGGACACUCCUUAUUCCAGUGGUAGGCAGGAUACACCUUCUUCGUAUGGCCAGUACACGCCACAGUCGUCCCAGGGGACACCAUUCACUCCCCGGGGAGGGACGCCAUAUUCUCAAGAUUCUGCUUACUCCAGCAGGUGGGUGAUUUAUAUGUAUAUCUGCCCUAAGCCCGGGGGGAGUGAUCUUAGUGGCAUUGCAUCCUUGAGCCAGCCUGUUAGGGCUGGCUAAGUGGGAGAGAGCAAAGACUGGUCACUCACGGUACUGUCUCUUCUUAAUUUUCCUCCUCAAGGCAAGGGACUCCAGGCUACACAAGCUACCAGCCAGAGUCAACAUCGUACAAAUCCCGCCGACAUGAGAACAGCUUUCCAGACUCGUACUCACGUCGGCAUUAUUCUUCUUCGUCCUCUUCCUCCUCCUCCUCGACCUCUUCUUCCUCCUCCUCCCACUUCCGUAGCAAUGACCAUCACUACCCUCCCUACAAUCAGCAGUUUGACGGCGGCAGCGGCGGCGGCAGUGCUGCCACAAUCAGCAGCAGCAGCCGGUACCAACGCCUCUCAUCCACCUCAGAAGGGCGCCCGUCUUCUUCCACCCCCUCCUCCUCUUCCUCCUCCUCCUCUCAUCGCUCCCACCAAAGAGAGGACUCUGGUUUCCAUUCCCGGCACAGGGAACGCUCCCAGAGGGAUGAGGCGACUCCUUCCUCCACCGUCACCACCCCCACGGUCACCACCCCCUCCUCCUCCUCUUCGUCGUCUGUGGCCACCCCAGCCCCAGAUAGUGCUCAAUUCCAGAACAGCCACAGCUUCACUCCGCAGAGUGCAGAGCCCUUUCCAGCACCCAGCGUUCUCUACCCACCGUACACAGCCACUCCGGAGCCUUUCUCCCUUCCUGUGGAACCCCUUGCUGUGGACCAGGACUACCGGCUGCUCCCCACAGCCGAGACUUUUGCUGCCAACUCCUUGCCUCCUACCGAAUUUCUUGCUCAGGAAACUAAAGAGAACACCAGCCCAGCAGUAGCAACCAUUGCAGGGGCCGAUGACCGGUCCCAUUCCCCUGCUGUGCAGACCUCGCCAGCCCGGUCUGGCUCCCCUGCACCUGAAACUACCAACGAGAGCGUCCCUUUCACUCAGCACAGCAGCUUGGACUCCCGCAUCGAGAUGCUGCUCAAGGAGCAAAGGUCCAAGUUCUCUUUCCUCAAUUUGGACACGGAAGAGGAAGACGAGGAGAAGGGAGGGCCCAAAGGAGUGGAGCCGCACGGGCCCUGCACUCCACCGCCUCCCCUCCCUGUCAGUUUUGAAGAUGUGGUGCCGGCGCUGGACAUGGGAUCAGGAGCAGAAUCUCCCAAAGCCAAUGGACAAGAUAGAGUAAGUUCUGAGGAUUUUGAAUGUGGCAACUUUGGCGGGGGGGGGAGGUUGGAGCUCAGUGAAGGACCGAGCCAGCUCAUUGACCAUAGAAUAUUGAGUGACUUGAGAGGGGUGGAAUGCAGUGGAACAUUCUGAAAGAAGGUAUAGGUGGCAGGCUGGAACCUUGAACACAAACACAGUACUCCACGCGGCACUCCAUGUGUUUGGAUGUGUGUCACAUAAAUUCAGCAGUCAUGUUUGCUGUGCUUGCAGAUCUUGGGUUUUGAACCAUUAGAAACGUUUGUUGGGACAAUUAACAGGGCGUUGAUGAUGAACUGUAGGGAAGUACUGAUUGCAGAAAUCCUUGCAGGUAUCAUCUCAUCUCCUGAAUAUCAGCCUUCUUAACAAAUGCUGCAUCCAGCUUUCUAAGAUUUUAUGCACAGUCACGAGGGCUAGGAACUUACCUAGGUAUCUUUGGUGUCUUAUGAAUUGGGAGAAUGAGAGAUAACUUGAGGCUAGGGUUUUUAUAUUUGACUUUGCCGGCAUCAUGAAAUUUGAAUUUGUUUCAAGAUUAUUAUUAUUAUUAUCAUUAUUAUUAUGUAGUGUGAAUAAUUUAAUGAUAUUGUUGGGGUUAGACAGGUGAAAAGACAGGCCUGCAGGAAUUGGGGAUAGUGUUUUGGGAGGUGGUUUGCAGCAGUUGCUUUCAGGGAAAUGGGUGAUGCAUGCUGCAGAAGGCAGACAAUUGGCUCACUGUGCUAUCUCCCUCCCUUCCCUUCUCCUCCCAAAUAAGGCAUCUCAACAAUCUUCAGGUGAAGACAUGGAAAUCUCUGAGGAUGAAGCAGAGGUCGAACCCCCAACCCCUGUGGCAGGGGUGUCUGAACCCCAUUUUUCUGUGAUGCCGUCAGCCCUGGGCCACAUGCAACUGGGCGUGUCCUCCUUUACCCCCCACCACCGACCAGAGCCGCCCCCCGCCUACCCGAUACAGCCUCUCAUGUCCGUCUCCCUCCCGCACCUGGCGGGCAAGACCCACUCGCUCUCCAACUACGGCCAGGUUGGCCCACGGCAUGCUCACCGCCUCUCGGACUUCAGAGGGCGCGCGGGGGUGGUGGGUGGAGGCCGGGGUGCCCCCCACAUCUACGACUUCGUCAACUCCAUGGAGCUGAUGAACCGGCUGGGCAACCAGUGGGGCGGGAUGCCCAUGUCCUUCCAGAUGCAGACGCAGAUGCUGAGCCGCCUGCAGCAGCUGCGUCAGAGCAAAGGCCAGUUUGAGGACCCUUUCCCCUACCACCGGGAGGCGGCCUCUUUCUGCGGCCGCCCCCUCUACGGCCACGGCUACCUGCUGGACCAGGCGAACCGCCACUUCCAGAGAGACCAGCUGUUCAUGCAGCAGCCGUCAGCAGUGGGGGUCUCGGAGCAGCAGCAGCAGCCGCAGCAUUCCUCGGAGCAGCCCCCUCUGCCACCCCCACAGCGCCUCCUUGAUUUCCGAGCCUCCCCAUGGGGAUACCAGGAGGAAGUGGCUCCACCCCCACCUCUUCCCAAGGACCCCCAUGCCUCCGUAGUGGACAGCGUCCUGGAGACACUCAUGCAGGAGAUGAAGAGCAUCAUGCAGCGUGACCUCAACCGCAAGAUGGUGGAGAACGUGGCUUUCAACACCUUUGACAAGUGGUGGGAGCGCAAGGAGGAGAAGGCCAAGGUGAUUGUGCGGGGGGGGGGGGAAGGCUGCCAAGAGCCCCAGUCUUGGAAAGGGGUGUAGGUUUGAGACACGGUUCCUAACUCUUAGGCAUAGGGUGUUGAGGGGGGUCGUGGGGAUUUGGGAGAGCUGUGGGGCCUGCUUUGCAGCGAGUGGUAUGAAAGGCUUAAGUUUUAUUAUUCUUACUGAUACAGUGAAAGUGCAGAGUUCCCCAGAAAGUGGGCUGCAAACCUGUCACCGAAAAGCCACUCCAAGCCUUGCUUCUGCAACCUCAGGAUAGCAGCGAUGCUUGCAGGAUGGCAUGUGGGGAAGUAGAAGCUUAGCAGAGGCGUGAAGUGUGUUGAAGGCAGCAGGGUGGAUUAGUAAAGAGAUUUGGAUGAGGAUGUAGGAACAGGACAAAUGGGUAUGAAGAGACACAGGGAAUAUGGAGCAGAUAAACCUAAUGAGAUAUCUGCAGUUAGGAAAUGAAUCUGUCUGCAUACAUGGAUAGAAAGGGGGCUGUUUAAUCAACUUUGACAGACACUGCAAAAAUCAUUCUUAUCAAAAGUCUCUGUGUUCUGCUCUUUUUGAGCAUGUGACUUACCAAGGGUUUGCUGCUCUGCCUACUCCUCAUCCCAUAUCCCGAACCCUCUUCCUCAGCCUCUCAUCACUGCUGCUAAUGCCCAGCUCUCAUUAUCUGCAGCCUUUCCAGAGUACUGUCAAGCAGCCAGUCAAGGAAGAGGAGAAAGACAAGACAAAGCUGAAAGACCCUGCCCUGCUGUCCCUGGUUGACUGGGCCAAGAGUGGCGGCACUGGUGGCCUGGAAGGGUUUGGCUUUGGGACUGGCUUUCGAGGAGUUCUGGGACUCCCAUCCUUCAAGGUGAGGGCCAUGAAUCCCCUUGGGUUGGCUGUGGCAGCAAUCCAGCUUCAGGAUCUCAAAACCUUGUUUUGUUCAGGAGGCUAUAAGUGGGAUGGGGGUCAUAAGAGACAAAAAUCUGGUUUGAGCACUUGCUUGAGUGAUGGCUCUCUAAGCCCUUCUCAUCUCAGGGAUCCUCUUGUUCCAGGUGAAAAGGAAAGAGCCAUCCGAAAUCUCAGAGGACAGUGAAGUGAAGCAGCCACACCCAUCUGCUCUUGCUGAAGAGGAUGAGGAAGGUCAGUUCCUUCAGCCCUGGAUAGUUAUGGGUGAUGGUUGAACUUUUUUUCAUAAUUAAGGGAGUGUUUUCUAUCCUUAAAUUAACUCAAUCUUACGUUCCCUCUCCCCUGUUCCACCUUGCAGAUAAGGAUUCCUCACAGGUACCCAAAAGCUCCAAGAGGGAUGAUGAUCGGAUCAAAGGGCCGGGGAAAAGGCGGAAACUUUUCUGCUUGGAUAGCGAGGGAGAGGAAGCAUCUGAGGAUUCAUCCUCUGAGAAGGUGAGAAGAAGGCGACCCUUAUUUAUUUAUUUAGGUUUCAAUUUAUACACCGCUUGAUUGUAAAUGAAACCUCAAAGCAGUUUGCAUUUUGGCUGUUCCUACCUCUAUGAGAAACCUCUGGUACAGUCUUCUCAACUGUGGGUCUCCCGGUGUUGUCGGACUACAACUCCCAUGAUCCCUGGCCAGUGAUCCUGCUAGCUAGAGAUGAUGGGAGUUGUAGUCCAGCAAUGUCUGGGGAUCCAAGGUUGAGAAAGGCUACUCUAACCAGUUUCAGUUUCCCCCAGUGAUUGGCCAGGACACAGCAUAAAGCAGUUGAAUAGGUCUUUGUGGUAGAAUUCUUAAAUAGCUUGGAUCCUAGAGCUCCCAUUUCCCCCACUGUGCCUGACCAGGUGCCUUGUUGAACCCGGACCAGGACUGCACUCCUCCUUUCCUACAGUCUUAAAUGGCCAUCCCCUGUGAAGCCCUUCGGUGUGCCAUCUCUCCUCCGUGGCUGUCAAUGAGCACAGAGCCUGAUGAGCAUUUUACUACGCGCUUAGCUAUGCUGUUAUGUCCUUGACAUGGUUGGACCGCUUGAUUGCCAUUUGCUGUUGGGUUUCCAGGCCCUCCCUUUUCUUCUGACCAGAAUGAUGACCAGAUGCUUGGAAGCUGUGGCUGGAUGGUUUCGUGGGAGCCGAUUGAAACUAAAUCCUUCCAAGACAGAGGUCCUAUGGCUGGGUCGGAAUGGCAUGGGGAUGAGGGACCAACUCCCUUCUCUUGCGGGGGCCCAAUUAGUGCCAUUGCCUUCCGUUAAGAGUUUGGGUGUAAUCCUUGACGCCUCCCUUUCCAUGGAGGCGCAAGUUACAGCAACAGCCAAGGCGACAUUUUUCCACCUUUGCCGCAUCAAGCAGUUGGUCCCUUACCUUUCCCGCCCCGACCUGGCCACAGUGAUCCAGGCGAUGGUCAUCUCCAGGCUUGACUACUGUAAUUCGCUCUAUGCGGGGCUGCCCUUGAAGCUGUCCCAGAAACUCCAGCGGGUGCAGAAUGCUGCAGCGAGACUCCUCAUGGGGUCCCUGCCAUGGGAGCAUAUUCACCCAGUGCUUUUCAAGCUGCACUGGCUCCCGGUGGAGUACAGGAUCAGAUUUAAGGUGCUGCUUUUGACCUUUAAAGCCCUUCACGGCCUAGGACCCUCGUACCUACGGGACCGCCUCUCCCGGUAUGCCCCACGGAGAGCCUCAAGGUCCAUAAAUAGCAACACCCUUGUGGUCCCGGGCCCUAAGGAAGUUAGAUUGGCUUCAACCAGAGCCAGGGCCUUUUCAACUCUGGCUCCGGUCUGGUGGAACGCUCUGCCUCACAAGACCAGGGCCCUGCAGGAUCUGAUUUCUUUCCGCAGGGCCUGUAAGACAGAGUUGUUCCGCCUGGCCUUUGGCUUGGAGCCAAUUUGAUUCCCUCCCUCUCUUUCUUUUUUCUUUUCCUUCUCCUUCUGCGAUGAGGCUACAUUUUAAUAUUUUAAUGUUUCAGUAUUUUAAUGUUGUAUUUUUUAAUUUUGUUUUUAAGUUGUAAUCAUUUAACUUGUUUUUAUUAUUGCUUGUAAGCCGCUCUGAGCCUGGCCUUGGCUGGGGAGGGCGGGGUAUAAAUAAAAAUUAUUAUUAUUAUUAUUAUUCUGCAUCUUCUCCCCCAUUCAACCUCUGCUCCCUUUUCUUCAAGCAGCCUAGGCAGCCCUGAAAGUGAAAUCACUUUCCAGUUGCACUUGUAGCCUCAAGUCAUUCCGCAGGACUUGAGUUCCUUUUUGAACUCAUGCCCUCUUCAAGCCACUCUGACUCAGGAGUUCGAGCUGACAUUUUGCCAUGCGUACCCUUUCCUUCUGCUAAAGGGCUUGUUAAAAGAUUUCACCCCCUGAGAAACAUUUUAUGCUGCUGUCUUCACAGGAGGAGGAGGAGGAGGAGGAGCAGCAGCGGAGGGAGGAAGGUGAAGGUUCUAGGGAGCGCGGCACAAAGAAGGAGGAAUCUGAAGGUAUUGACAGUUGCCAGUUACCAGAAAUGAUGAAUUGCCAUCACUAACAUUGUCCUUAACAACAGGCUGUUGACUUAGGUGGAGAUGAAAGAUAGCAGGGUCUUUUCUAAUUCGUGUGCUUCUUUUGGUAUGAAUCAUACCCCUUCUGCGUGUGGUUUCCCUAUCAAUGCAAGUGGCCUCUCCCUUUACUCUGUUCUUGAAGCGCUCAGGACACUUCUCUGCCAAAAUGCCAGCUGGUCAUCAGCACUUGGCAGAGCUUCUGGGUUUUUUAUAUACUCGGUACUUAAAUCCCUUCUUCUGCACAGCUAAAUGCUGCAACCUGUGGGAAAUAUGCAAAUCUGGCCAUAUUUUUAUUUGCACCAUUGAAUUAAAAAUUUUUUUUACAUAAUUCUGCUUUUGCUAUUCAUAGGGAGGGGCAAGGAAUUUUGUGGAUCAUUGAAAACCCCACCCUCUGCAAGAAAUGUUGUUCAACUGUCUCUCCAGCCUUUGACAUUUCAGUAGGCUCCACCAUGACCAUGUGCUUUCAAGUGUAUAUUUGCAGCCAUGGGGUGGUAUUAAACUAAGUCCUACUCAGAGUAGACCUGUUGAACUAAAUGGACCUGUUGCUCAUAUCUAGUAACUUCAAUGGGACCACCUGUGAGGAUUAGAAAUUGUGUGGUUUUUUUUUAAAAAAAAUUAAGUGGAAGCUGAAAUAAUUUCAGAAACUAUACUUUGGACGAAGACCACACUCUGCUCUCUGCCUGUGCUAUGCGUGGGAGUGUGAAAUGCUCACAGACAUGUUGCUGGUAUUACCUGUCCCCUUUUAUCCCUUGUGCAGAUGAACGUGAGAGCGACGGCUCCUCCAAGUAUUCUCUCUAUGAUGAGUCCGAUGAGGACAGCGACAGCACUUCUGAUUCAGAGAGCAGCUCUUCGUCUUCCUCUUCCUUGUCCUCCUCUUCAUCUGAUGAGGAGGAAGCUGAGAGCAUGGAGGAAAUGGACGAAUCUACCAUGGACAGCUGCCCCACCGAGCCACUGAGAGACCUGGAAGAGAGAAUGCGUCAGACCACAGACGCUGAGCUUGACAAGAAGAAAACAGAAGCAGGCCUGCUCCAAGGUGAGAUGCUCUACCCAGAGUCCUCCCCAGCUCUGCCUGGGAGAUGGGGAAAGUGUUGAGAGCAGCUGGACAAAUUGCAGAGCGUUGGGAGGCCAAGAUGUGGAUUGCCAUGUUUGCACUCAUUAUCUUACCAAAGGGCUGGUGAGCCACAUAUACGUUGUCCCAACAUUGUCCCACUUCCAUGGCUUUCAGUUCCUCCUGUAUCUUAAUGCCACCCAGCUCUACUGCUCCACCCCAGAACUUCUGCCUCCAUCCAGUCAAGCAUCUCCUGUGAGAGAUGUCUGCUUGGAUGUUUCAUUAUCGUUUCAAGCUCAGUAUGUCAAAGACUGGCUCACCUCAUAUUUUCCCCAAUCCAUUCUCUCAUUAUCUAUUGACAACGUCACAAUCCACUCUGUUGAUCAGAAGCAAGCCUUGGUUUUCCCUUUGGUCCUCCUUAAUCAAUUGCCAAAUCAUGUCAUUUUCCCCUUUACAAUAUUACAGAAAUUUGGCCCUUCCUCUCUCUCCUCAGUCAAAUCUCUAGUCCACCUCCUGCUUAUCUCACAACACAACUGCUAUAAUUUUCUCUUUGGUUUUCCAUCGAUUCACUGGUUUUCUCGCAUCUAUCUCUCUUGCCAACAUUAUUCACCUCUCCCACUGUUUCCACCUUAUUUAAAUUAUACCACUGCUUGCUUGUUGGCUUUCUUUCCUGCACAGUCUCCUUGUUCUCACCUUAAAAAUUGGUGACCCCACACUCACCAGUGCACAAUUUUAUCUCCCUCAUGCAGGCCAUGUGGCAGAAGGGAAGCCUGCUCCUCUGAAGGAUGGCAUCCUGGCCCCACAUUUAGAGGAGAAGGAUGUUGGGACGGCUCCAGAAGAGCGACCCAGGCCGGAAGAGCGACCUUCCUCACCUAUCCCACUCCUGCCACCACCUAAGAAGCGCCGGAAAACAGUCUCCUUCUCAGCUCCUGGUGAGGAUGACGAGAUCAAGGUGGCAUUUGAGAAGCCACUGGAACCGGCUCCUUCAACGCUUUUGCCUCCGCCACCUCCUCCUCUUCCCCCACCACCUCCGCCGCCUGUCCCCACAGAGGUAGCACAGGCCCCCAUAGUGCCUGUAGAACCCAUGUUACCAUCCCAAGUGCCCUUAACCCUGGAAGCCCCAGCUCCAGUUGCCUCUCCCCUGCCUCCUGUAGCGCCCCCUGCCAAGGCAGCAGCCCCUGCCAGCCGCAAGAGGGAGCCCCCCAAAGCCAACCAAAGAACAAUCAGCAACCUGCCGGCUGACCACGCUUCCCUGGUGAAGUGUUGGACGGAUGAGCUGCUUCCGGCCGGCCGGUCCCGGAGCCGCUCUCGCUCUCGGAGCUCAGAGCUCCCACGGGUGCCCCAGCCCCCUGGAGAGGACAGGCUGCACCUGCGCGAGCGGAUGGGCGCUUCCUCGCUGCUGGAGCUGGCGAAUCAACCCAACCUGGCCGUGCUGGCGGACGUGGCGCUGAAGAAGGCCGGUGCAGGCAGUGAAGACUCUGAGGAGACGGAGACCUCCGACGAGGCCGAGGAGCCCAAGGCCGUGCCACCGGUCCCCGCACUGCCCCCGGAAGUAAGCAGCAUUCUGAUGGAGCAUAACUACGCCAUGGCUGUCCGCGCAGCACCUGCCUCCCGCAAAGCCGACGAGGCGGUGUUAUCUGGCGCUGCCGACCUGCCGCGCGUGGAUUUGUACAGCGAGCACGUUGGCGAGGUCCUGGAGGCGCCUGAGGAGGUUGUGGCUGAUGCCAGCGAGGUCAAAGCUGAGCCUGACGUGGGUGACCUGGUUUCGCUGCCCCCGCCUCCGCCAGCCGAGAAGCCCAAGGCAGCUGUCCCACAGCAGCAGCAGCAGCAGCAACAACAACAACCACAGGCCAAGAAGCAGCCCCAGUGGCUCAAGGAAGAGGCCCUAAAGGACCUGGAGAACUUGCACUUUGGGCCUGAGGACCUGUUCCUUUCAGAGAGUGAGGAGGAUGAGGAAAAGGAGGAGGAGAGUGCUGACAGCAGCGACGAAGGGGAGAUCCGCAGGCGCUCCCUGCGUUCCCACUCGCACAAGCAUGCCCCUGCUCAGCCACCUCCACUGCCCCUGGCCUUUGAGACACGCAGUGAGUUUGAGCAGAUGACAAUCUUGUAUGACAUCUGGAACUCAGGGCUAGACCUGGAGGACAUGAAGUACCUGCGGCUGACGUACGAGCGCCUGCUGCACGAGGACAACAGCACGGACUGGCUGAACGAUACCCACUGGGUCCACCACACCAAUAUCCUUCCUGUCAGGCAAUUCCGGAGGGUUGGGGGCCGGGUAUCUUUGCUGCGAAUGCAUUUUGGGGUUAUACCAUUUUGACUAGCAGGGCUUCCUCCACUGAUAUCUGGGAAUUGUAGUUUGGUGAGGCCUGCUGCUACCGAGAAUUCUGUUUUAAGAUCUGUAGCUGCCCUCCCCUAUAGUGCUGCAAUUCCCUGGGAAGAGAAACUGACUGCUCAACCAGUUUAUAGUGUUGAGUAUACCUUGGGGCUUUCCAUUGUCACUGUUGGGGUUUUGUUGGUAGAAUAUGAAGAGUUCAUAAAAUAUUAAGGAUAGCGUGUUGAUAGGCUUUGUUAGUUCUGCAGUUGUUGGGUUUUUUAAAAAAAAUAUAUCCAGAUCCAGCAACGGCGAAAGCCAGACGUGUGUGUGAACCAUUGUCCUCAUUAUUGGACUUAACACUGUACAAAUGAAUAGGUAUUCUGCCAAGUACAGGUGCCCCUUGUUUAACAAGGCCAGCAGAGGCAUUGGGGGCAGCAGGGUUAGGUUAAAAAGGUAAAGGUACCCCUGCCCAUACGGGCCAGUCGUGACCGACUCUGGGGUUGCGCGCCCAUCUCGCUUAAGAGGCCGGGGGCCAGCGCUGUCCGAAGACACUUCCGGGUCACGUGGCCAGCGUGACGAAGCUGCUCUGGCGAGCCUGCACCAGCGCAGCACACGGAAACGCCGUUUACCUUCCCGCUAUAAAGCGGUACCUAUUUAUCUACUUGCACUUAAGGGUGCUUUCAAACUGCUAGGUGGGCAGGAGCUGGGACCGAACGACGGGAGCUCACCCCGCUGCGGGGAUUCGAACUGCCGACCAUGCGAUCGGCAAGUCCUAGGCACUGAGGUUUUACAGCGCCACCCGCGUCCCUAGGGUUAGGUUCAGCUGUUGAAAUUCCUAGCAUUUAGCAGUUGUCUUGUGAACAUUUCCCAGUUCUGCAGUAGUUGGCAGGUUGUGCCAUCAUCACCAUUAUUGUGUUCCAUGCUAAAGAUUCAGAAAGGUGAGUGGUGAAAGUGAAGUUCAGUUUUUUGGGGUUUGUUUUUUUUUAAGCAAAACCUGUAAUCUUUAGAAAUGCAAAGUCACAAAAGAGGGAACGGCAUGAGAGUCUGUUUUACAAUAUGGUUACUUUUGUGGGUUUGGGGGCAGUUGUUGUUAUAACAAGAUAAGAAAUUGGGAAGCUUUAGUUGGUUGCAUCCAAAGAAGUCAUUGUGCGAGGGGAAGGAUUUCCACCGGUGCAAUGGAAUUUCCCUUCCCUCUCCUCCCCUUCCAUCCCCCAAAUAUGCUCUGGGGGGUUCCCUAUACCCUCAGGAGCAGAUGGAGAGAGAGAAGGGAAGGUCCAUUGCAUGAAUGGAAGCCAUUACACUCACCCAGUAAUUUCCUGAAUUCAACUCCAUGCCUCUUCCUCGCCCCCCCGCCCCGUCAUUUCUUCCAGGAGGCAUGAGGUUUAAUUCUGCUAAUGGAAGAGAUGCAUGUAUGGCAACCUUUUCACCAAGGCUUCUGAAGAGGGGAAGUUGCUUGCUUGGCCCAAACACAAGAGGCAGAAAGAGGCCUAUGUCCCAUUUCCUUGCUCCAUGCUUUCCUUUUUCUCCUUAACUCUCCCCGCCUCCACUCACAAACAUUGCAAACCCCAAGCGGAAGCGGAAGUCGUCAGACCUGCGGGAGCACCAGACAGGCUGUGCCCGCAGCGAGGGCUAUUACCAUAUCAGCAAGAAAGAGAAGGACAAGUACCUCGACGUCUGCCCGGCCACCGUGCAGCAGCUUGAUGCUGCUGACGUGCAGGUUAGACCCCUCUUUAUGCUCCCUGUGCAGUUAUGCGGUGACCCUAGAGUGACUAGUAAGGGCUGUUAUUGAAUGAGGGCAGGGAUGAAGAAUAUGUGCAGACAUACAUUUUAGAAAUUGUGGGACGGACCAGGCUUACUCCAUAUCAAGAACAAAUCAAAUACUACCAGAGGUGUGGGGGCCUUUGAUCCUCCAUAUAUUGCUUGAACAUCAACGCCCAUCAUCAUUGGCCAUGCUUGCUGAAGCCCAUGGGAGUUGAAGUUCAGCAACACCUGGACAGCCAAAGGUUUCCCACACCUGCUCUACAGCAAGGUGACCCUAAUCACCUUGAGGUGAGAGGAGCCAAAUUCUGUCAUCUGUACAUGCAAAGAUCUGGAACAAGACCCCAAAGCACCAUCUCGCUGCAGUUGUUCUUCAGCACCUCCAGCUUUGUAAACGACACCCAUGUUACCUGCAAGUUAUUUAAGCAUAUAUUUGCAGCUGUAAGGGCUAAAACAGAGGUCAGCAAACUUUUUCAGCAGGGGGCUGGUCCACUGUCGUUCAGACCUUGUGGGGGGCCGGACUAUAUUGGGGGGGAAUGAAUGAAUUCCUGUGCCCCACAAAUAACCCAGAGAUGCAUUUUAAAUAAAAGGACACAUUCUUCUACUCACGUAAAAACACGCUGAUUCCCAGACUGUCUGCGGGCUGGAUUCAGAAGGCAAUUGGGCCGGAUCCGGCCCACUGACCUUAGGUUGCCUACCCCUGAGCUAAAACAAUCAAAUGAUUUUCAGGAAGCAGAAAAAGGACACAAAACACCCCACUUCUGUAGAAUUGCAGGGCAUACCCACAUACCCUGUAAAUAACAUGGAUGAUGUUCUCAUCUUCACGCCAAAUUUUGUGCAGUACUUUAAGAGGCUUUUGCUUGUGCCUUCUUUAGUUCCACAUAAGCAUCAGUCCGCAAUAAGCAUGUACCUUAUAUAUCGGCAGUUUUGUGUGCAGGUCCAAACUGACUUGGGAGCAACCAAAAGUUUGCAGGCAGGUCAGCCUAACGGCCCCCGCCCCCUGGCCAGUCCUCUUCUCUCACUGGGUCUGAGAGAACUGGGAGUGGAAAAGGAAGAGAUUUGUUGCCUGUGCAGUUUGAAGGGCCCCACAGUAAUUGGGAGAAGCAGGGGCUGACUAAGAAUCUAAAGGAGGUGCUUGUGCAUGUAUAAGAACAUGGGGUGCUGCUUUCUGUUGAGUCAGACCCUUGAUCUGUCUAGCUCCUGUGAGCACUUUGGAAUACUGACAACAUAAAAUGCAAAAAGGAGGGGGAGUCUUCUCAUUUUGAAAGUACGUUGUUUGAUAGUAGUGGGAAGUUACAGUAGCAUUCUGACUGCUUCCUAAGCAUUCUGACCACCCUCACUGAAGCUGGGUAAAUGUGCAGCUGGGAUAGUGAGCUGCUUUUAAAGGGCGUCCCUUUCCAAAUGUGUGACUCCGCAGUGAUCCUUGGUGGUGUGUUCCCCUCCCACUGUGAGCGGAAGGAUUUUGUUUUCAUUCAUUUUCAACCAGUUCUCCCCUCCUCCUUCAGGGCACCAACCGCAUCCUGUCCGAACGGCGAUCUGAGCAAAGGCGCCUGCUCAGCGCCAUUGGCUCCUCCGCCAUCUUGGAUAGCGACCUUCUGAAACUAAACCAGUUGAAGGUACCCAAUAUGUCUUGUUAAGCAAGUUGAAAGAGUGGAGCAAGCAGGAGAUGCGCCCUUGGCUGGGGGGAUUAGGAGUGUGAUCCUAGUAUAUCCUUUGGAAGGCAGAGGGCAAUGGACUUGGCCUGGCAUGCAUUUCAGAUGCUGAGGCUUCCCAGAAUUGGGCAUGGAGGGCUUCUCAGUAGGGGGUGGCUUUCCUCACAGAGCCAAUCUUGAUCCCCGUGAUGCAUUAAAGCACAUUGCACUUUAGGAAGCAAGGAAGCUUUUGGACAAAGAUUUUGUCUGCGGUUCACCGAAAGCAAUUAUUUUGGCUUGAAAAGUAUCUGUAAGCUCAGAUUUAAUUGUUUGAGGGACUCCAGAUAAUGCAGUUGGCACAAGAUCUUAUCUGCUGUAGCUGAGCCUUUGCAGAAUUUGGCAUUGUGGGGGGCUAUGAGUGUGUUAGGAGUGUGAGGGAAAAUGACUGGGGUUAAUGGGAGCAUAGAAACCAUAUAUUUUGAGCCAUGGCAACCUAUCCACUUAUAGUGUGGUUUUAGGUGACUCUUUGUCGGUGGUGAAGCAUGUGUGCAUUGAGCAGAAAUCAUCAGGCAACCUUUUUCUAGAAAGCUGAGGGCUAAAUAAUCUUGGAGGUUUUUUUUAACAAAGAAAUGUCUGGAAUCCAGAUGGUAUGCUGUGAGUUUUGCACAAACAUGCACACUCAGCCUGGCCCUUGGCUCCCAUCUGUCCCAGACAGCACAUAAGUAUCCCGCUGCUUCUCCCAUGCGCAUUAUUCCUCUCCUCACCGUCCUCCUCUUCCCUUUAGUUCCGCAAGAAGAAGCUACGCUUUGGUCGGAGUCGAAUUCAUGAAUGGGGCCUCUUUGCCAUGGAGCCAAUCGCUGCUGAUGAGAUGGUCAUUGAGUACGUGGGUCAAAAUAUCCGGCAGGUGAGCAGUAGUGGAGGAGACGAGGUCUGGGAAGGAAUUCAUGUUUCUGCUGCCUUGAUGUCUUGUGCGAGCCUGUCUUUAUAACCUGAGAGCACCAGCCUUGGUCCACAGCCUUGGUCAUAUUGUUUUAUCUUGUGUUUAAAACAAUUGUUUCGGAAAGCUAAACAUCAUAAGGUGGCUGGAUCACUCCCAUCCCUCACAGAAGCAUUCUGGCUUUGUAUGGCUGGUAUUUAAAGGUGGUGGUGCCAUAGUUAACAGGGUGGCUGCAGAUAUCUCUCUACAUGUUUUUUGUACCUCUGAUUUUGUUGCAUUAGGAGAGCUUUGUCCAGGAUUUCACCACUACUUUGGUUUUUGAAAGAUGACCCCUUCCCUAAACCUGUUCUUGUCCCUGAAUUUCCUUGUAUUAUCUGUUUUUUUAUAUAUAUUAAAAAAAAACAAUAACAAAGGCUUGUGGGAAGGGGACUGUGACCAGUGGGCUAGUGCAAUGGGGAAGUAGUGGAGGAAAGUACCAAAAGAAAUAAGCUUGGGCUCUGUGAGGUUCUUUACUGAACCGCAUUUCCUCAUCAGAGGCCAUGAAAUGUAUGCAUGCAUAUGCAACUAAUUGACACCAGAGGGUGCUCUGGAGACUGCACAGAGCAGGGCUGCCUUUUCAUUACUGCCUUGGGAGGACCUGUUUGCUUUCUGAAUGAUAGUUCAGAUUGUUCCAACCUUUUUUGCAGCGACACCCAAGGAAUUUCCUUCCCAUAUGAUAGCCACGCUUCUGAGAAGCACUGCACUGACAGCUGUCAAUUUGCACUUUGGCACUAGGAUAGUUCCUUAACUGUUUUCAGAGGGCUGCAGCAAAAAGGAGUCUUGAUGGCACCGUUAAGACUAACUUUAUUAUGGCACAAGCUUUUAUGGACAAGCGCUCACCUCAUGCACCUGAUGAAGUGGGCACUAGCCCGCAAAAGUGCAUUACACCAUUUUUUAUUAAGCUUAGUUUAAGGUGCCUCAAGACUCUGCAGUUCUUUCUCUGUUACCCAGCAGAUGCUGGCACAUUCCACCUCCUGGAUCAGAGGUGGGGGAACCUUUUUGGCCCAGCAGGCAAGCUUGGUCAUCUCUCUCUAUGACCAAUUUUGACAGGCAUUUUGAUGGACAGAGCAGCCUUGCUUCUUGUUACAUGGUCUGCUCUUGAGUGUCCUGACUCACUCCUUCUCCUUCUCAGGUGGUGGCUGACAUGCGCGAGAAGCGGUAUGCGCAGGAGGGCAUCGGGAGCAGCUACCUUUUCCGCGUGGACCACGACACAAUAAUCGACGCCACCAAAUGUGGCAACCUAGCCCGCUUCAUCAACCACUGCUGCACGGUGAGCUGUGUGGACGUUGUAAAGGAAGUUCUCAUUAAAUGCAUUUAUUCAUGCAAUGUUUUUAAUGAACCUACCACUUUACAGAGUUACAUGAGCAGGGAAAAACUCCAGUUUAUUUUAUCUGCAUUAUUCUCAUUUUGAGGUAGACUAAGCUGCCCCUAAUGUGCCUGCUUCCAUGAAAAAGUCAGUAAAUCCUGGCUGGGGCACCGGGAGCAGCUCUGAAUUAUAGAAAGAAGCCCCGGGCUGCUGGUUCAGAGAGUGGGGAAGAGACUUCCUGGGCUUCACAUGGUUCACCCUUGUUGCUGGCACUUCUUUAGCUUCACAUGCAGUGGUUCUGGUAUGCUAUUGUAUUCCACACACCUUGGGAAUCACAAAUGGAACCUUUUUUGUGCUUUGGGGGGAGGGGCGUGCUCCUGGCUUCCAAAUGAGUAACAUAGUGAGCUAGUGAGGUCGUGGUGCUGCCAUUGGCAUAGAGCUGAUGUAUUAACAUCCUGUCUGGUUCACUUUUGUCCAUCUUUCCCUCUCUUAGCCCAACUGCUAUGCCAAAGUCAUCACCAUAGAAUCCCAGAAGAAGAUUGUCAUCUAUUCCAAGCAACCCAUCAGCAUCAACGAGGAGAUCACUUACGACUACAAGUUCCCGAUUGAGGAGAACAAGAUUCCUUGCCUGUGUGGCACAGAGAACUGCCGGGGCACCCUGAACUGAGACAUAACCCUGGCGUUCGUAUUUAUUUUGUUUCCCCAGCCCUAAUCUCGCCUCUUACCUGUAGCUCUGCUCUUCUCCCCACAGAGUUGUGGGAAAACUCUCAGUCGCCUUAAGACCCAUCCAUGUACCUUUUAAAGUUCCCAGCCAAUGAGAAAGCACUUCCCUCGCCUCAGGUUCGAAUCAACAAGAAGUUCCUUUUUCUUCCACCAGCCAGGCUGGUGAUAGUUUCUUUUCAGGUGUUGCUGUCAUUUUUGCUCCAACCUCCAACACCAAUUAACAAAACUGACCCUUUGCAGAAGUCAAAUAUCCUUCCCUUUCCAGCUUAAGACGGCCUGGGUGUUAGUGUGGUUAAUUCUGCAAUACCCACCAGCUCUGUUGCUAAACUCAGAGAACGGCUUACAAUGUUGAGGAAAUCAGCAGGGUGGCUGUGGGGUGGAAUUUCCCUUCUAGGUAUCAUCUAUUUCAGGUUAUGCAUGUUCAGCGCACAGCUGUCGAUUAGCCGUUGACUUUGAGAAUGGCAGGUUGGGAUCAGUGACUCCUGUGAAACCUUUUGAGGCAGUGCAGUGCUUGAUGCCCCUGAAGGCACAUCUGCUAGAGCUAAGAGCUGCCCAGGCCCUUGAAAUUUCAGAUUGUGGAGCAUUUGUCCUCACAUUUCCAAAGGGUUGGGGGGGGGGGGAGGUUUCCUGGUAUUUUGACAGAGAGGCCUGGAACAACCCCUGCCCCUGGGACUUUGUUCUGGGGUUAAAGAUUGCUCCCAAAAUCUUUCUGCUAAUGGCCAGGAUGCACUGGGGGAUGGGGGGAAGCAUGUCAUUGUCCAGCCGCAUCCUUUGGCUAGAUUUGUCACCAUGGGCAAAAACUUGAACCUUCCUGCUUCAAUGUCUAUCUCCUCAUAGAAUUAUCAUCCCGUUGAUUCUUCCUCCUUCCAAGCUCUUGAGGCCAGAAAAAUAGAGGUCCUGAAAACCAGUUAAGAUUGUGUCAUUCAUAUUGCAAUCUCCCUUUUCUGACUCUUUUUUUAUUCUGUAGUGUGUAGUAAAGGGGGGGGGGACAGGGACUAGCCGUAAUAAUGAAGGGGAGUUGAGUUUCUUUCCUUGUUACAGUUAUGGCUUCAACUGAUGCUGACUUACAGCGUAAGCUAAGACUUUCCCACAUCCCAGCCACCCCUAAUAAUUUUUCUUUAGGAGAAGAAAGUUGUGUAUAUAUCUAUUCCAGAUGGAUUGGCUGUUUCUUGUAGAAACACAUGCGUUUAUUAGUAUGUAAAUAUUUUAUUUUGUUUUUCUCUUCAUACUAAAACGAAAACUGUAAAUAAUGUUGCAAUGUAUUUCCUUCUCCUGUUUUUUUAUCCUUGCUUGCCCUGUGCCACCCUUUUCCUUUGAUGCCAAGUAGGUUUUCUUUCUUUUUUCCCCCUUUUCCCUCUUGGAUUUUUUUGGGGUGGGAGGGGAGCAUAUAACUUUCUGGCAGGGGGUCAAAGAGUGUAUUUCUUAUUUCUUUUAAACGGGAGUCAGUUUUGAAAGUGAAAGAUUUUAAAAGUAGGCAUUUGGAAAUAUUUUAGCAGGUUUGUUUGUUUGUUUCAUUUUAAAGUUCUGUCUUCAUUCUGCUUGUCCCAGUGUUUGGAUUUUGAAUAGCUAGGUGUUUGGGAACAUACCUUGGGAACAUACCUUCUCCCUGGUUAGCAUGUGUUUCCUGCAGUGGACUGUCCAGAGCUAUGAGGAAUUGGCUGCUUUCAAUUUUCCCCAUCCAGAAUGCCCUUUAUGCUCUAGGGAAACCACAGGUGACACCUGAAAAUGUUUCCAUCUAUAUUUUAAUAGUGGAGAGGGGCAAGGGGCUUGCUUUCAAGGGAGGAUCAGCAUGCAGGCUGGUAGCUCUUUUCUUUCUGCUGCCCUCUGCUGUUUCCCGAAUCUUCCCCAUCCCAAGACAGCUAUUGAGAGAAUCCAUUUACUUCUCAGGUUCCACCCAAUUGGCAUAUAUUGUGUGGGAUAAAUGGUUGAACUAGUCCAACAGAAUAAAAUGCAGCCCUUCUGAGAUGUCUCUUAUUGACCUCACAAGCCCUUAAAUGCUUGGGAUGAGUUUUAGACGUGCCCAUCUCGAUGUGACGUUUCAUAGGGCCAAAGAACUCCAUAUUAUGUCAGCAACCAUGGUUUGCCAGCCCAUCCUUGCUGAAUACAGUUAAUGUUGGAAGUGGGGGCGUUUUCAGCCGGUGAGACAUCAGUGGGAGGGCCUGCUUAAUGUUUUGCUGCUGCUUCUCCCCCACAAUCCUUCCCUCCAGCUGUUUUGCCCCCAAUCCCCAUCUCGCACCCCAUCUCUGGGUCCAAGAGUGGAAAGAGAGGCAGGGAAGGCUUAAGAACCUCCCACCCACCCCGUCUCCUGUGAAAAGGCCCCUUCCAUACAUUUUUAUUAUUAUUGUUUAGCAAACACACUUUGGAACCCUUGUUGGCUGAUGUAGUCUGUAGUUCCACCCCAUUUCUUCCAGUAUUUUGAAGGCUAAUUAUGUUCUAGUAAGGGGCACCUUUCUCACUUUGCUCUACAUUUAGUAAAACCUUUCCCACUCUGUGCCUCUUUUGUGUAUCCUCUUGGGGGCAGGAUUAAAAUUGCUACUGCUUUCUGCUCCUUUUCCUUUUUUCCACUAUGGUGCAGUCAUGGCACCUCCCCUAAAAGCCCUGGCCAGUUUUAAGGUACGCUUCCAUAUCUAAAGAGAUGGCAGGUGGCUUCCUCUCCUGCUGUAAAAGGCUCCAUUAAGACUUGCCCAAUAUAAGUUGGGUGUCUUGUUUGUUUGUGGGACAAGGAGCAGAAUACUUGCAGCAGGUUUGCUGAACUCGAUUACAUAAUUUUGUUGCGCAUCUUACACAGUUUAAUUCUUGUCAGAAGCUUAAAUUAUUUUUUCCUCUCACUGCUAUAGUGUUUUGAAACCAAAGAGACAGGAAGUUGUGGAAACCCUAUGUUAGCAACCAUUGUUUUGAAGUGAAAAGGGGCUGAAUCAUCUCAAGUAGCUGCUUGUUUUGUCAGCAACCACUGUCUUGAACUCCCUCCCCACCCCCAGGUGAUCUCAGUCUUGAACAUCCAUAAUUCCAUUGACUUUCUAAAUAAACUCUACACACAUUUUCUACCUACAAAUUUAAUUGAGGGGGUGGGUGGGGAGGAAGGAAGUUGUUUCAGGCAUAUUCAAUGAGAAACAGGGCCAACCAUCUGCACCUCCAACAGUCGGUCAUUCUCUCUUUCCGUUCUGACUAAAAUCUUCAGGUGCAUCUUCACCUGCACGGAAGACAGAUGUAUUUUAGGUAAUUAAAUAGUGAAAACAGCUGCAGUAAUAAACGGACCCUUUUAUGCCCUCCCUUCUACUUCUCUCAAGUCCCUGUCUAAGCCCCGUAAAUAUUGACCUGUCUUUAGUGUGCUCUCCCAACUUGAAUCUCUGCGGUAUUUAAAAUUUUGAAAUAGCUUUCUCCCCAACCCUACAUCUUCUUGGCUUUUUCGAAAUUAUUCGUUGCUGCAGUGUUGUUUGUCUGUUUGUAAGCUUCGCUCUCACCCAGCCCCAGUCAAGUCAGAAGGAUGUGACUGAAGUCUCAUUACGCAUCUUCUCUGCAUUUCCAUUUUUAAAAAAACAAAACAACAAGCAGCCUGCUGGAUUUGAGCUUUUAAAAGGCCCUCCCUCUCCAGGCUGCUGUUUCAACAGCUCCAGCCCCUUAAAAUCCAUCUCAUCUUAAAGGUUCAGAAACUACAUCCUUCCAAGUCUCCCUGACAAGUUUAAACCAGCAGCCACCUCUUAACUGUAAUAAACUACAGGCCAAACUUUUUCAUCCUAGCUAUCCAUGCUUUUCAGUGUAUUGACGGAUUCUGAUUUCAACUGGAAAUUCUGGUAAGAGGAAGCUUGCUUCUAUUCACAGUUGCGAUAUUAAUUCCAAAUAAAUGUGCCUUUGAGCCCAAUACACUGCUGGGGAGGAGGAGGGUGGAGCUGAAACCACUUAAUGUCUCUGAAUUAUGUUUGGUGGCAGGUUUUUGGAAAAGCCGACUGUAUUUCAGCAGGUUGGCAUGACAAAUCAAGCUUCUGUUUUUACUGGGUGUAAAUCUUUUUUGCUGAACUCAAGUCACAAAUGCUGUGUUUAGAGGCGCUGCAUCAUCUCAGUCCCCAAAUAUUUCAGAGGGAGGUUUUGGCUGGUUUGGGGAGUGUGACUCUCCUUGUUUUGGAUUUUCCGGCAUGAAUCACUUUACCACUGAGAUACACAAGCAGAGGAUUAGAGCUUUCAUUUGGCUCCAGUGGAAGGGAGAAUACCCGGGAUGAGGGUUUGGUGGGCUUCCCACCAGCAUUUCACCUCCUUUAGCAAAGUUCCAUUUAUUAGAUUUUGCCAUAUAUUUUAUGCAGGAACGGUUUCUGGUCUUACGAAACCCCUGCUAUUUAUUUGCAUACACCAGUGUGCCUUUUCCAAGCUGCGGAUAGAAAUCCAUUAUUUGCUCAUUGCCUGUAGUUGCUUCCUCCAGCUCGUUUUGUGGGUUGACAAAUUAACCAUCAAACCCUUUAGUUUUGGCAUGAGUUCUCCUCUCCCCAGGUCUUAAAUAUGCUUUUUAAAAAAUUAUUUGCGGGGGUGGGUGGGAAUUUUUGCUUCCUUCUUCAUCUUGAAAUCCAGAAGUGUUGGUUGUUCCUCAGUGGUUCCCCCCUCCCCCUGCCCCCCAAAAAAGGCUAUAAAGAAGGGGAAACCUAAAUUUUCUGCGCGAUGAUCUCUGGAACUUUUAUCCUGUUUCUAACUUCGUUUAUGUUACUCGUCAGACAGAACAGAUAAGAUUCUUUUUUUAUAUAAAAAAAUAAUAAUAAUUCCCCCCAACCAAACCUGUGCAAAUUGUUCCAGAUGCUUUAAUGAAUACCACAAGGUUCUUUCAUCUUUCAGAGCUGACUCUUAAUUUUCCAGCUUCUUCGAGCUGAAUGGUUCUGGAACUAUGUAGCCACCCACCCAUCCGCCUCUUUCUCUUAUGUGCAUUCCCCCCCCUGCUGUGUACAUAUAUGUAAUAUAUAUAUAUAUAAUAGAUAUCCAAAAAGAUAUAUAUCUUUACCAGGGAGGGUUAAGCUUUUUUUAACCUUCUCUAGCAGCAGUGGCAGCUUGCUGGGAGUUUUGUGUGUAAUCAAAGAGGGUGGGCAUGUGCACAGAUGGAUUGAUGGAUGGGUCUCAUUCAUUCAUUCUCUCUUUCUUUUUCUCUCUCUCCCUCUCCCUCUCCCUUCCCUGGCUGCCCAGUGGAUGGGUCUCUUUAAACGUACAUCCCCACUCCUCUGUCUGUCUAUAUAAAUAUUAUAUAUAUAGAUAUAUAUAUAUAUAAAUAUAUUUUCAUUUGAUCUUAUCGGCUUCCUACUUGUAAAUAUGUUAAUAAUUUGUGGAUUCAUUACUUGGUGC